AUGUUGUGUUUCAAGAAUAAAGUUUCUUCCUUUCUGAUUCUGACAACGUUAACCAUGGUGUCUUUCUCGCUCUUUGCGUCGCCAGGAGAGGCCCAGAACGAUGUCGUUCCAAAGGAAACUCAGAGGCCUGUCUUGGAAGGUUCGAACUCAAGUGAUUUAUUGUUGGCUAGGGAAAGAACGCGCAGACAAGACCCACUUGAGGAUCACCGUUAUUACAACGGGGGUUGGAAUAUCAGUAAUGAACAUUACAUUUAUUCUGUGUUUUACACCGGUUAUCCCCUUUUCCUUACUGCCACUUUAUGGUUCAUUUUGUUCGGUCUAUUUUUUCUGCUUCUCUGCAUUUAUGGUAUUUCUGAAGUCUUCCCCAAAGAUGAGGAUUUUCACGAGAACGCGAAAAGUACACUAGACUUUGUUUUACAACAAGCGGACUCAACAAUCGAAAUCUUACAAAAUGUGUCGGGUUAUCUCACGGCUGCCAAGAAUGUUGGCAUCAGUCAUGUUUUUCUGCCUCGACAGCUUCAAACCAACAUUGAUAAUGUCAAUGGUAUGAUUACAACUUCUGCCAACACACUUGAGAGUGCAACCAAAAAGAAUAAAGACAAUAUAUUCCGCUAUUUGGAUGCUGUGAGGUUAGUUCUGGUUGUGGUAUUGUCUGUAAUGCUUUUCCUGGUUUACCUUGGACCCUUUGUAUCAUUUAUGGGCCCGGACUUUCUCAUAUACGUCUCGGUCUGCUUUGGUUGGAAUCUCGUUGCCACCGCUUUCUUUCUGAGUGGCAUAUAUCUCGUUCUCCACAAGUAAGUUCAUGUUAUUUAUUUUUUCCCAUCGAUAGUCUAAUUUAAGCACAAUUCUUGUUUUAUGUAAAAGUGCAAUGGGAGACGCAUGUGUGGCAAUGCAUGAGUGGGUCGAUAAUCCAACGGCUCACACGGCACUAGACCAGAUCAUCCCAUGCUUGGACCAUGCUACUUCCCAAGAAGCACAUUUGCAGAGCAAAGUAGUCACGAUCCAAAUGGUCCAUCUCGUAAACAGGAUUAUUGCUAAUGUAUCAAAUCGUAAUUUUCCUCCUAAUGCCGGACCCCUUUACUACAAUCAAUCCGGGCCGUUGGUUCCCCUUCUCUGCAACCCAUACAAUCCCGACAGGACGGAUAGGAUGUGUGCAGCUGGUGAAGUCGAUUUGAACUUUACUCAGGUUUAUAGCAUUUACGAGUGUCGAGUCUCCGAAAACAACAUCUGCACGACCGUGGGCCGCCUAACCCCUAGCUUGUACGACAAGGUGAGGUGGGCCGCGAACGUGAGCUAUGGGCUGCACCAUUACGGCCCGUUCUUGCGCGAUUUGGCUGACUGGACAUUUGUUCGGAACACAUUAACCACUAUUUACGACAGCCAUUGCCCAGGUUUGAGUAGCAACAGCCAGUGGGUUUGCAUUUAUCUUGUUAUUCUCUCGACUGGACUCUUUCUCUCGAUGAUAAUUUGGGUGCCCUACGGUCAAGAGCUGCGGCGCGUGAAGCCCACGUCAGCUCAGGCAUCCGAUUAGAGGAAGGGGCCAUGUGAGAUUAAAGUUUGUGUGUAGUGAAGAAAUUUGAAUAAAUUUGUCACUUGGAUUUUUGCUUCUGUAUGUAGUGUUGGGUGUGUAGAUAUUUAUUUAUUUAUUAUUAUUAUUA